UCAAAUUUACAUACUAUCAUCGAUAAGUUCAACAAUAUUGCAAAAUUCAGUCUACAUUUGCAACUACAGUGAUCAAAGCAUUCCAACCGGUCACCGGGAAACUCGUUUUUUUCCGGCGACAUGUCAAGGGACAGAGGCAGCGCCGCUGAAGCUCUCCUGCCGUGCGAAGAAGUCGCUCUCCGCGGCCACAUCAAGUCCGUCUCCAUCGGCAAAAAAACCCUCACCGACGACCACAUAGUAAGCUCACUCCGCUUGUUAUUCCCGGACACCUACUCCUGCCUCGAUCGCAACCUCCUAACCGAACGCGUCGCCAAAAUCACCCAGAUCCAGUCUAGGAGAGAAGACUCCAUUGCCGAAGAGCCUGCUCCGUCCUCAACGAAACGGCAAAAAAUAAAUGAGGUAACCGGCAGUUCAUCGGAAAAUGGCGAUUGCAAUAGUAAUCCGAAAUUGAUUGGGGAUUUAGGGCGGCGUGAUGAAUUAGGCGAUGGCAGGAGAGAGAUGGACAGGAGUGAGAGUGAGAAACGUAUUCGGCCAAUGUUUAGGGAUUUCUCAGGAAUUAGUAGUGUGAUUCAAGAAUUGGAGCGGGAAGUGGUUUGGCCACUGCAUCAGUUGAAGCUGCUACGCCACCUCGGAGUCGAGCCUACGUCCCGAAUUCUGCUGCACGGGCCGCGGAAGUGUGGGAAGACGACAUUGGCCCGAGCCGUUGCCAAUGAGGCCAGACUGCCAUUGUUCGAAGUCUCUGUUGCUCAAUUGUUGCAUGGAGAUUUAGGUGCAGUAGAAGAAAUGAUCGGAAGUUUGUUCUACGCAGCAUACAUGAGGGCACCAUCUGUUGUGUUCAUUGAUGAAAUCGAUGCAAUGACUUCAGCAAAGAUAAGUUCACUGAAGAAAGUAGAGUAUCGUAUAGUGUAUCAGUUGAUGGCUUUCAUGGACGGGCGAUACAGACCUACCGGACCUGUAAAUCAUGAUGUUAGUUCUGAAAGUUGUAAUAGUGCACCUGGCUAUGUGCUGGUGAUUGGAGCAACCAAUAAGCCUGGUGCUCUUGACACUUCCUUAAGGCGUCUGUUUGAUUGCGAAUUUGCUUUAGGUGUCCCAGAUGAAUAUGAACGGUGUGACAUUCUGACAGAUCUAACGAGUAAUCUUAAGGUUGAAGUUGGUUUUGAUCCCAGGAAAUUAGCAAGGUCCACUAUGGGUUAUGUAGCAGGAGAUUUGGUUGCUCUAGCAAAAAGGGCUGGUAUAGUUGCUGUAGAUUGGAUCAUUAACAAGAGAACAUUAGAGUAUUAUAAAAACUCGAGGCCCAAGGCUCAAUUUGAAGAAUGUUACAAACUGCCAUUUUACGAUGCAGAAUUGGAGAACCUCAGCAUAACCAUGGAACACUUUGUGGAAGCCGGUAAGAUGGUUCAGCCAUCUGCUAUUUUGAAAGAAUUUUUCACCCCACUAUAUGCAAAGUGGGAUGAUGUUGGGGGCCUUCAAGCAUUGAAAUUGGAGUUUGAACGCCGUGUAGUUAAACUGUUAAAGUAUGGUCAUGUUUAUGAGGAUCUAAAGACGUAUGCCCUUAGCUCCUUUUUCCUUUGCGGUCCUUCUGGCUGUGGAAAGACAUUGCUUGUCAAGGCUGUGGCUAAAGAAGCAGGAGCAAGUUUCAUGCAUAUCAGGGCCCGGGAUCUGAUGAAAUUCGGCGAUCAGUGCGAGAUGGUGGUGCACAACAUAUUCAGUUAUGCAAGCACUCACGUCCCAUGUGUACUUUUCUUCGAUGAGUUGGACGUAGUGGCCUCAUGUGACGAUGUGCCACAAUGGCCGGACUUUAGACAGCUAAUAUCAGAGCUGAGUGAUACAGAAAUAAUGAUGGAAAGUGUUCUUGUGUUUGGUGCAACAAACAGGCCUGAAAUCGUGAAUCAUUCUGAAUUCAUUGAAACACAGUUUGAUAGGAUCCUGUAUGUUCCUCUCCCUACUCCAGAAGAGCGAGGUGCAAUAUUGAAAGCUCUUGCUCGAUACAAGCCAAUAGAUGCCGAUGUGGACCUGAUGGCCCUAGGAAACAACGUGGCUUGCCAAAAUUUUAGUGGCCGUGAUCUAUUUGCUUUGAUGACAGAAGCUUCUAAGUUCGCCAUUGAUCGACCAGCAUUGUCUGUUGGGAGUUGCAUGACAAUCAAAGAUGCAGAUUUCAAGAGCGCGUUGGCGAAAGUCUCCCCUUCUCUCUCAGCCGCGGAAGUCAAGAACUGGGAGGUCCAGUCCAAGAAGAUUGAUGUUCAUAGCAGUUCUGUGAUGGACUGGUAGCAAAUCAAAGCAGUCUUUUAGGUAAUAUGUUAACUUAUUUUUGUGCUUGUUAAUAUGUAUGUGUGUGAAUGCUGUUAGUUUUCAUCGCAUCUUUAGGAGCAUUUUAGUUAAUGUUACAAAAAAUUUGCGUGAGACUGCCAAAAUAGCGAUAUGAACUGGAUUCAAUCUCGUAUCAGUUGGCGCGAUUGAGAUUUUGUUAGUGCUGGAAUUUGGUAAAAGUGGUAUA